AGUUGAUUUUUAUACUUUCCUUCACGUUCUGGCAACCGAAGCUGAAGUCUACAUUUUUUUGGGUCCAGAGCACAGAAUAUAGAGGGUUGUGAUUCUAGGGUUUGAGGGGUUACCUUUGAGAGAGAGAGAGAGAGAGAGAGAGAGAGAGAAGGAAUGGAAGGUCCGAGCAACGGAGGGAUGUUGUACCACGAGGUACAAGAGUCGAAGCUGUGCGCGGUGCAUUGCGUGAACACGGUGUUACAGGGUCCCUUCUUCUCGGAAUUCGAUUUGGCCGCUCUCGCCUCCGAUCUCGAUUGCAAGGAGCGUCAGAUGAUGCUCGAAGGCGGCUCUGGCGCCGGCCUCGUCCCCGAGGAAUCUCACAACGUCUCCCUCGACGGCGAUUUCAGUAUUCAGGUUUUGGAAAAAGCAUUGGAGGUGUGGGACCUACAAGUCAUUCCGCUCAACAGUCCUGUUGCUGAACCGGCUCAGAUUGACCCGGAACUUGAAAACGCUUUUAUUUGUCAUUUGCAGGACCAUUGGUUCUGUAUCAGGAAAGUGAACGGAGAGUGGUACAACUUUGACAGUCUCUACGCAGCCCCCGAGCACCUAUCCAAGUUUUACCUCUCUGCAUAUCUUGACACUCUUAAGGGCUUCGGCUGGAGCAUUUUCCUUGUGAGGGGAAAUUUCCCCAAGGAAUGCCUCAUCGCAUCCUCAGAUGCUUCCAAUGGUUACGGACAGUGGCUUUUACCCGAAGAUGCUGAGAGGAUAACUAAAUCGUGCAACUCCGGUCAGAGGCCUACUCACGGGACCCGUCAAAAUCGAGAGAUUUCAGAUCCUUCGAGUCAGUUUGGGGAAGCGGAAAUGCUUUUGGAAGCAGAAGAUGAGGAUUUGAAAGCUGCAAUAGCAGCUAGCUUGAUGGAUUCCUCCCCAGCCCCAGCCCCAGCCCCAGCCCCCGCCCCCGAAGCGGCCAGUGCUGAAGUUGGCACCUCAGAAAAUGAAAACAAUACUACAAGUGAAGAAAAUGUGAGCGAAAAGAAACCUUUGUAGGUUUUACGAGACGUUCUGUAAUUUCCGGCAAGUCUUGAUCUCCGGCUCGCAUCGUGAACUUAACAUCGUGUGUGCAAGUUCCAGAGGGUGUGCAGUAGUUUUAUACAUUUUUAGAUAUUAAUUUCCUUUUUACCCUCCUUUUCUUGUUCAAUUAAACACUGUAAAAUCAUAAAUUUUGAAAAUAAUGAUUGUUCCACUA